AUCCGGAUUAAAUGUUCUAAUUCCGCUGAGUUCACGCUACUGCCCAUGCUAUUGCUUACGUACCAUAAGAGAAGUGGAAGUCUGCUGUACCGUGGAGCUAGAAAGCAAUACAUUAACUCAUUUAUUCUUUCUCACUUCUACGGAAUCAUGCCUUAUUAUCAAGCUUGGGAGGAAUUUGCUCGGGCUGCCGAAAAACUGUAUCUCACGGAUCCGAUGAAGGUCAGGGUGGUUCUGAAGUACAGGCACUGUGAUGGGAACCUCUGCAUAAAAGUAACAGAUGAUGCUGUGUGUUUGCAGUAUAAGACGGAUCAAGCGCAGGAUGUGAAGAAGAUCGAAAAGCUUCAUGGGAAAUUGAUGAGGUUGAUGGUGUCUAAAGAGUCCCAUAGUGGUGCAAUGGAAACGGAUUGAAGUUAUGGCCUUUUUUUGUUUAUUUGAACUGAACUGUACAAGAUUUGCCCUUCGAACAUAAGGGUUGGUCUGAUGGAUGGAUUUCAGAGCCCUGUGGUGCAACAGCAGCUGUGUCACCCGUUUAGAAGAGGAGAUGUCAAGAAGACGUCAAAUCGGUGUCAUCUGGAUGAAUUACGGAAUUAAUCUCCUUUUUUUUUCUUUUUUUUUUUUCUUUUUUAUUUAAGUGGACUAUAAUCAAGUUAUAAGUGAGCUGCUGUCCCCAGGUUUUGGUUUAGGUAUUGCAUACCACACACACACAUGUUGGUUUCCACCAGAAGAGGCUGAAAGAUGCAUCAGUCUUUUUAAGUCUUAUGAAAUACAGGUGUGCCUGUUCAGUCUCCAGUGACCAAAUAAAUGCAUACUGGUUUUCUCAA